AUGGCAGGAUUCCGUCGUCUUCAAAACAAAGUCGCUAUUGUGACAGGUUCUUCCUCGGGACUGGGAAGAGCCAUUUCUCUACGCUACGCUCGUGAAGGAGCAAAGGUAGUCUGUGCAGAUCUAUCUCCUUCACCCCGUCUCGUCGUCCCCGGGGAGUCAGAGCCAACUCAUGAAGUUAUUCUCAGCUCCCAAGGAAAAUCAAUCUUCGUACCAGCGGAUGUGGGCGAAGCAAAACAGAUGAAAGAGCUGGUCCAGAAGACAGUGGCACAAUUUGGGCGGCUUGACAUAAUGGUCAACAAUGCCGGCAUCGGUUCCGAAGCCAAAACACCAGCCCCGUGCCAUUUGACUGAGGAAUCCAUGUGGGAUGAUGUGAUGCGCGUCAAUGCAAAGUCGGUCUUUCUAGGUUGUAAAUAUGCCACAGGGCAGAUGCUGCAGCAAGACCCGCAUCCUUCUGGAGAUCGUGGGUGGAUUAUCAACACUUCGUCAAUUAUGGGCAUUAUUGCCGGUCAGGAUGCUCCGGCCUAUUGUGCAUCGAAAGGAGCGGUAAGCAAUCUAACCAGACAGGUUGCGUUGGACUAUGCUUCCCAUCGAAUCCAUGUCAAUGCUCUUUGUCCAGGCUAUACCCAAACUGCCAUCUUCAAAGACACCACCACGCACAUGACUCCUUUGGAUGUUAUCCAACGUCGCCAUCCAUUCAACGGACCUGGAUAUCCAGAUGAUAUUGCCCGAAUGGCUGUCGUGCUGGCAAGCGAUGAUGCCAACUGGAUGACGGGCGUUUGCCUUCCUGUUGAUGGCGGAUAUACUGCUCGUUAG